AUGUCUUACUCCUCAAUGGCAGUCCGAUUCUUCACAGCCCCCAAACCACUCGGUGAUUCCAUGGACACCGACUCAAACAGAAGGUCCGGGUCUGACCCCCAAGGCCACACGGUCAUGAGACCAAAUGUCCCUACUGAACAGCCCUCCACUGAGGUCGCUGAACCCCAUACCCCUAAGAGCGAAGGCUUGACUUUCGCAAACCAGGAUUCGCUACCUAAGCUUCCUAUUCCCGAUCUGGGGGAUACCUGUCGCCGAUACAUAGACACUCUGCAGGGCUUGCAGAGCCCGCGUGAUCAUGAAGAGACUAAGGCUGCUGUUCGGGACUUUCUAAAGAAUGAUGGUCCCCUUCUGCAAGAACGGCUUAAGACUUAUGCUGGUUCAAAGACAAGUUAUAUCGAGCAAUUUUGGUAUGAUUCUUACUUGAAUUUCGAUAAUCCCGUUGUUUUGAACCUCAAUCCAUUUUUCCUUUUGGAGGACGACCCAACUCCCGCCAGAAAUCAUCAAGUUACUCGAGCUGCGUCACUGGUAAUCUCAUCAUUGGCAUUUGUUCGAGCUGUGCGCCGGGAGGAGUUGCCCCCUGAUACCGUGCGAGGAACGCCUCUUUGCAUGUAUCAGUACUCGCGCCUUUUUGGAACCGCACGUCUGCCUACCGAUAAUGGCUGUGUCAUUAGCCAGGACCCCUCGGCUAAACACAUGGUUGUUAUGUGUCGGGGACAGUUCUACUGGUUUGACGUCUUGGAUGACGAUAGUGAUCUGAUCAUGAGUGAGAAGGAUAUCUCGCUUAACCUGCAGGUGAUCAUCGAGGACGCGGCCCAUACUCCGCUUCAUGAGGCUGCCAAGGGUGCUUUGGGUGUACUCAGCACAGAGAAUCGAAAAGUUUGGUCGGGGUUACGCGAUAUCAUGACCAAAGAUUCCAGAUCUAACAACGCGGAGUGUUUGAACAUUGUCGAUACCGCGCUUUUUGUCCUAUGCCUGGACGGCACAGAGCCAUCCACCAUGUCCGAGCUUUGUGCUAACAUGCUUUGUGGCACAAGCGAAGUCGUCAAGGGCGUCCAGGUUGGAACUUGCACCAACCGGUGGUACGACAAGCUGCAAAUCAUCGUCUGCGAGAACGGCAGUGCCGGUAUCAACUUCGAGCAUACCGGCGUGGAUGGCCACACGGUGCUGCGCUUUGCUAGCGAUGUGUACACCGACACCAUCCUCCGCUUCGCAAGGACUAUCAACGGUCAAUCCCCAAGCCUAUGGGCAACCAGCAGCCCCGACCCAGCGAAGCGCGACCCGCAAAGUUUCGGAAACGUGAGCACGACACCGCGCAAACUAGAAUGGGACAUGACACCCGAGCUUAACAUCGCGCUCCGCUUCGCCGAAUCCCACCUCUCCGACCUGCUCUGCCAGCACGAGUUCCAAGUCCUGGACUUCGAAGGGUUCGGCAAGAACUUCAUAACCUCAAUGGGCUUCUCUCCAGACGCAUUCAUCCAGAUGGCCUUCCAAGCCGCGUACUACGGCCUCUACGGCCGAGUCGAGAACACCUACGAACCAGCCAUGACAAAGAUGUUCCUACACGGACGCACGGAAGCCGUGCGCACCGUAACACCCCAAUCCAUCGACUUCGUCACAGCAUUCUGGGGCGAGAACGCCGCCGAACAAAAGGUCGAAGCCCUCCGCACCGCAUGCAAAAAGCACACAGACGCCACCAAGGAAUGUUCAAAGGGCCAAGGCCCAGACCGCCACCUUUACGCCCUCUACUGCCUCUGGCAACGGUCCUUUGACGAAGGCCUCUUCCCAGACACCAGCUCAACAGGCGGAUACUCCAGCCCCGGUGAAACACAAUCCCAAACCCAAAGCCAAGGCCUCGAGUCACCGAAACUGUCCUCCUCCUCCCCUUCAGAUGACGGCCUCUCCUCGCCGGGAAGCAGCACACGCGCCUACCGCACAACAUCCGCGCCAACACCCGCGAUUUUCGCCGACCCUGGCUGGGACAAAAUCAACAACAGCGUGCUGUCGACCUCGAACUGCGGAAACCCGUGUCUGCGACACUUCGGCUUCGGUCCUACAUCCGCCGAUGGUUUCGGCAUCGGAUAUAUUAUCAAGGACGACUCGAUCUCGAUCUGCGCGAGCUCCAAGCACAGACAGACGUCGCGGCUUAUGGACACGCUUGAGUCGUAUUUGUUUGAGAUUCGGAAGUUGCUGCGCGCGACGAAUCGCAAGCCGACGAGUCCGCGUACUAGUCGCGCAAGAGAGACUGAGGCGCUUGCGGAGAGUUUGCAGUCUGAGUCGCAUCGGCGUGGUCGGCUUGUAAGAGGUGGGGGUGUGCAGGGUGCUGAGACGCCUACUUCGGCUGCUGAUAGUAGCUUUAUGGAGGAUGAUGGGAUGGGCGGAUAUGGCUUCUUUGAUGCUGGUAUGCUUCUUCAUGCGCUUAAGGGUCUCAAUGCGGAACGGGAACAACGCGGCGAGAAACCUGCUAGACGGAGAGCGGAAGGGAAAUCACCGUAUCAAUCUACAUAUGUGUAUUCUACCCUAAACGCCAUGACUAUCCACGUCCUCCCAAAACGGGCGCCCCAGUUGCGGGCUCCCCUAACAAGGCAUUUCACAACCACCCCCCGCACCGCCAGUUAUGCGGACACGCUACCAAACCUCAAGAUUGGUGCUCAUACCAGGGUAUUAUUCCAGGGAUUUACGGGAAGACAGGCGACUGCCAAUGUCAAGGAAUCUCUCGAAUGGGGCACUAAGAUCGUGGGCGGCGUUAAGCCUGGAGUUGAAGGCGAACAUCUAGGAUUACCAGUCUUCCCAUCUGUUAAAGCGGCCCAAGAACGGGAAAAACCCGAUGCAUCCGCGAUUUAUGUUCCCGGAAACCAAACUGCCAAAGCCAUCGAAGAGGCCAUUGAAGCGGAAAUUCCACUCGUCGUAGCUGUGGCGGAACAUGUGCCGAUCCACGAUAUCCUUCGGAUCCACUCCAUGCUCCAAACACAAUCCAAGACCCGUCUAGUGGGCGCGAACUGCCCAGGAAUUAUAUCCGCCGUCGGCAAAUGCCGAAUCGGCUUCCAGCCAUUACCUUGCUUCGCACCGGGUAAUGUCGGUAUCGUGGCUAAGUCUGGGACAUUGAGCUAUGAGACUGUGGCAUCGACGACUCGUGCGGGACUUGGUCAGAGUCUUUGUAUUAGUAUGGGAGGCGAUGUGUUGGCUGGCACUAAUUUUGUUGAUGCUCUCAACCUCUUUGAGAAUGAUCCUGAUACUCGGGGUAUUAUCCUCGUUGGUGAGAUCGGGGGUACGGCGGAGAUGGAUGCCGCUGAGUGGAUCGAGGAUUAUCGACGGAAGAGUGUGGAUCCUAAGCCCAUUAUGGCUCUUGUUGGGGGAUUGGAGGCACCCCCUGGGCGGAUUAUGGGACAUGCCGGGGCCUGGGCUGCGCCUGGGGAACCAGAUGCAGAAACCAAAUAUCGAGCGCUUGAGCGUGCUGGCGCGGUUAUGGUUAACCAUCCUGAGAAGUUCGGUGAGGGGAUGAAGACUUUGUUUACGAAUCAGUCUAGUCGGCCGGGUACAAAUUCAAUGUCCACCAGCUCACAAAAACACGGGUUUCAUACUAUGAGACGAGUUGCGCCAAUCUCGAGACCGAUCUCUCAACACAAGCGUAAUCUUUAUAUCAAGCAGUUCCAGGCAUUCGAUCUCGUCAGGCAGAAGUCUGUCCCUGUGAAUGAGUCGGUUUCCAGCUGCGAUAAUUCUAUUUCCAUCUCUAUUACAGUCGACAGAACAGCUUCAUCGCCAUGCAUUAUUGCCUCACCGACAUCCGACUUGAACACAGCUCAGUCGCAUAAAUUCCCAUUUCCUUACACUCAGACCGAAUUCAAAACCUCUGUUAUCGCUGCUGUUGCCUCGCAUUUGGGUCUUCCACCCUCUACGCACAAGCAGCUUGCAAGCUUUGUACAAGCCCUCUGGGAAAUUUACAAGGAGAAGGAGGCCUUUACGCUAGAGACACAGAUUGGCAUCUCCGCCGAUGGUGCCUUGGAAACUCACGGUGCGCGUUUCGGCUUUGACGAUGCUGCAUUCCGCAGCUCAGGCCGACAGGAAGAUAUCCACAAACUUCGGAAUAAGUCCGAAGAAGUCCCAGAGGAAGUUGAAGCCGAAAAGGACGGAAUUGUUUACGUCAAGCUGGAAGGCGAAGGCAGCAUUGGCACACUUGUCAAUGGAGCCGGUCUUGCCAUGAACACAGUUGACGCCCUCACUAUUCACGGCGGCCACUGCGCGAACUUCCUUGACACCGGUGGUAAAGCUACUUCGGAGACUGUCAAGGCGUCAUUCCGUGUGAUAUGCUCUGACACGCGCGUCAAGGCCGUCUUUGUUAAUAUUUUUGGCGGACUAACUCGUUGUGAUAUGAUUGCUGAGGGUAUUAUCUUGGCUUUCCGGGAUUUGAAUAUGAAGGUUCCAGUGGUUGUGAGACUGCGAGGUACAAAUGAGGAACUGGGGCAGAAGAUGAUCGCGGAAAGUGGGCUUCCUUUGCAUGCAUUUGAUGGAUUCGAGGAGGCUGCAAAGAAGGUUAUCGCGUUGACUAAUUAUCAAUAG